AUGUCGAUUCCCGGAUUCAAAAAAGGAACAAAGUUCAAUUUCUGCCAGUCAACAGAAUCUACAUAUUUGCAAAUAAACACGUAUGCACAUUCAAUUUUCACAGAAUCAACUCUGGCAAAUAUGCUCGCUGAUUCAUUCAAAAUGGGGCCAACGGCGCACCAAGAGUCCCCGGAAGAGAUUAUUACCUU